UUUAAUAACACAUGCGAAUUAUAGGUUAUCGUUAUAAUACAAAAGGAAAUAAAUAAAAAAAUGUCUUCAUUUAAAAAAACUAAUAUAAAAAUUUUUACGAAGCCAACAUCAGUAUUAACACCUGAUAAUGUAUACUGGAAAAAACUUUCUGCACCUGUAUUGGUAAAAGAAUUUGGUCCAAUAGACUACAUCGAUUUUUCACCAGUUGAACCUCAUUAUUUUGCAGUAACUUGUUCUGUGCGUGUGCAAAUAUAUAAUCCCAUAACAAAGUUAGUUACAAAAAAUAUAUCAAGAUUUCGUGAAAGUGCUUAUGGUGCAUCGUUUAGAUCAGAUGGCAAAUUAUUAUGUACAGGUGGUGAAGAGAAAAACGUGAAACUUUUUGAUGUCAAUUCAAAAAAUUUACUACGUUUAUUUAAAGGACACACAGCACCUGUUCAUCGCACCUUUUUUACAUCAGAUAAAACUCACAUUGCAUCUUUUUCUGACGAUAAAUCUGUUCGAGUAUGGGAUAUUCCAACUGAAAAAGUAAUUAAUGAAUAUAACGAGCAUAAAGAUUAUAUUCGAGCAGGUGCUGUAAGUCCUGUGUCAAAAGAUAUUAUUUUAUCUGGAUCAUAUGACAACAUUUGUAAAAUGUAUGACGGACGAACAACAGAUGUUGUAUUUUCUGUAGAUCAUAAUGCUCCAAUUGAAUCUAUAUUAUUUUUACCAACUGGGGGGAUAUUUUUAACAGCUGGUGGUACUGAAAUACGUGUUUGGGAUGCCUUUAUGAAAGGUAAAUUAUUGGCCAGAAUGUCUCAUCAUCAUAAAACAAUCACAUGUUUACGGUUAGCUCAAAAUGGUAAACGAAUUAUGUCGAGUAGUUUGGAUCGACAUGUAAAAAUUUACGAUGUAGCUACAUAUAAUACUGUACAUACUUUAGAUUAUCCAAACGGUAUCUUAAGUCUUGGUGUUUCACCAAACGAUGAAAGUGUUGUUGCUGGAACAGUUGAUGGUCUUGUUUCAAUUAGUCGUCGUGAAAAUGAAAAAGAAGAAGUUAAAUCGAAAAAAAUAUCAUACAAAUUUGUAUCAGAUACUCAUCCAGCAACGGUUGAUGUGAUUGUUCCGACAUACAAUAAAGAUAAAUUACCCGAAUAUGAUACUCAUUUACGUAAAUUUCGAUUUACAAAAGCACUUGAUUCUGUUUUAAAACCAUAUAAUAUAAAUAAAAAACCAGAAACAACAGUUGCUCUUAUGGAAGAAUUAAUUCGACGUAAACGAUUAAAAGCUGCAUUAACUGGACGAGAUUCAAAAUCAAUAUUACAAAUAUUACGAUUUUUAAUAAAGUAUAUAACAGACUAUCGAUUUACUCGUGUUUUAAUUGAUGUAGCAAAUAUUUUUAUUGAUGUAUUUGAGGAAUCAGUACAUUUACAAAAUGCUGAAAUUGGUAAGCUGUUUUUACGAUUAACAGAACUUGUUCGCGAAGAUGAACGUUUAUCAGAAGAUUUAAUAAAUUUACAAGGUGCUUUAAGUUUGUUACUUGCUGGCGCAAGCAUCACAGAUCAUGUGUCGAAUGAACAAUUAGAAACACAUAAUUUAACACCUAGUGCAAACGCACAACAAAAUUUGAUAAUAAAUAUUUCUUGAAAUU